GUCGUAAGUAGCUCUGUUGAUGUUUCCCCGUAGCUUCAUUUUCUGGAGCACGGAAGGAUAGGUACUGGACUGUUUAGGCAAAAACGUGCCGUUUGCAUCGCGGCGUUGUACAAGCAUGCGGUUCCUUCUUGUGUUAUUAGGGAGCCUUACCGCUAGUGCCAGCGACUUCCUCGACGAAGUAUUUCAGGUUGGGCCUCCCAUGUUUCGGCUCGACACAAUCAAGAACUCCGUGCUCGAGGAAGAAUCCUCUCUCUUCAUCUGCACCACCGUCACCGUCCCCGAGAACCCUGUGAACAUCUUCUGGUUUGUAGACGGAAAAGACAUCGACGACGAAUCGCUUUACGACGUUCAAGUUAGCAAGAUAAGCAUAAUCAAGCUCAGCACGCAAGACGUCAGCCUGCGCUACGGCACAUUACGCAUCCACAAUACAGUCAAGAGCACAAUGGUAACCUGCCUCGUGGAAUAUGUAAAAGAACCUCAGAACAGACUGCGCCUUACUACGAAUACGGUGGUGCUUCGAGACCAUACCUUGCACGCCUAUCAUGGUUCCCUUUGCGGUGGUUCAACUGAGUGUGUAGGUCGAGGUACAAGGUGCGACCGCGUUGGCCCAGUCCCCUUCUGCACUUGCAAACACAACUGGCGUUUCGACCCUAUGACUGCGACAUGCGUGUCGCUACGAAAGCACCGUGAACCAUGCUUCUCGGGCAUCGAGUGUGCUCUUCCCACGGACACUUGCAUUGAUAACUGGUGCCUCUGUAAGCCUCAAUACUCUGAGGUGUUCGGUGUGUGCUACUCCAACUCUACUUUAGGCGGAGGAUGUGAUUGGAACAACAUUUGCCCACCGCACAGUAAUUGUAUCAAUAGCGUCUGCGUUUGCAGGAAAGACUAUUAUGCAAGACGUGAAGAAUGCGCAGAGCACACGUUGAGCAGCGCGGAAAUGCAUCGCUGGACAACUAUCGGCGUUACAGCGUUCAUUAUAAGCUUCGUAUUCCUUCUUGGCUGGUUAGCGCAAUAUCUCUACUUCCGCUCCUACACGCCGGCGGUGAUGCACGAUCUGUCAACGGCAGCGUGGGAAUGCGUCUCCAAGUCGGACAAACUGUAAUGUCGUCCUAGGAAUGAUUGUGUAAGCGUAUACAAUGACUGCGAUUGUUCUACCCUCAGCUCUUUAACAAAAGAAUGUGGUUGUAUAAAAAAAAGUUCCAUAAUGCUGGACUCAUCGCAUACGAAUGACAUAACUGACGCGUUGCAAUAAAGCUGAAUCAAACUG